UUGACGGCAGUACGUGUUUCACUUCGCUGAGGCGGCGCGUUUUGUGAUUCCGGCACGCGGUUGUGUGUGAAACUUCAGCUGUCUCAGUAUUUCUUUAGAACUGAAGCAAAAAAAAAUUUGCUUUCAUAGAUCUAAUACAGCCCAAAUGAUUGGACUGACCAAGGCUGCUCGCCGACUUACUCCUAAAAUUAUAACAGACUAGUUGUGGCCCUGACAGUGUCACACAGCCAUGCUGUAUUUGAUCGGUCUCGGUCUGGGGGACGUUAAAGACAUCACUGUAAAGGGACUGGAAGUUGUUAAAAAAUGCACUCGUGUCUACCUGGAAGCGUACACGUCCAUCCUGACUGUCGGAAAGCAGGCUUUGGAGGAGUACUAUGGACGGGAACUGAUACUUGCGGACAGAGAAAUGGUAGAACAGGAAGCUGAUGAGAUCCUGAGAGGGGCAGAUAUCACUGACGUGGCGUUCCUGGUGGUCGGGGACCCAUUUGGGGCCACCACCCACAGUGACCUGGUCCUGAGAGCAGUGAAUGCUGGGAUUCAAUACAGGGUCAUCCACAACGCCUCCGUCAUGAAUGCAGUCGGAUGCUGUGGGCUUCAGCUGUACAACUUUGGAGAGACUGUGUCCAUAGUGUUCUGGACCGACACCUGGAGACCGGAGAGCUUUUAUGACAAAAUCAAGAGGAAUCGAGAAAUGGGGAUGCACACUCUGUGUUUGCUAGAUAUCAAAGUCAAAGAGCAGUCGAUGGAGAAUUUAAUGAGGGGCCGCAAGAUCUACGAGCCGCCCAGGUAUAUGAGUGUGAACCAGGCAGCAGAGCAGCUGCUGGAAAUCGUGAAGAACCGGCGGGAGCGAGAGGAGGAGCUCGCCAUUAGUGAGGACACGGUGUGCGUGGGGCUGGCCAGAAUCGGCGCCGAAGACCAAGCCAUCAUAGCAGGGACACUGCAGCAUUUGGCCUGCUGUGACCUUGGAGGACCUCUGCACUCCCUCAUCAUCACGGGACAUCUCCACCCACUGGAGGUAGACAUGCUCCGCCUGUUCGCCACCCAACCCGACUCCCUACAGAGUCUGACGACGACGGACAGCUCUACGUACACGUCCUGAAAAUGGGAGAUCCACCAGACGGAAAGUGUCCCAGGUCUCAUGUGGUACAUCCCACUUUGGAAAUAAUAUAUUACCAUGUAAUCAAGGAACAAGGACUGACAUGAGAUGAAGCCAUCACUUUACAUAUUUUCAUGAAAUACCUGAGAAUCUCAGCAGGGUAGCAGGGUUCAUGGCAUCACCUGCAUCAGUAAAGUGUGUUGGGGGGAAUUGUACAACUCAAUAUUUGACAUAACUUCUUGGGAAAGCGAAAAUCUUUCAUUUCUGCUUAAUACCUCUUAUAUGUUGUACCGAUGAGAGCGUAAUAGUAAAGUGAAAACAUCUGGAGGUGGAUUAUCCUGUCAUACCAUAGUUUCCUUGUUUCAGAGGGAAAGACAAUUUUGCUUUGGUUAUAAAGAAGAUGCUUGAUUACAGAUGGUUUCUUGUUCUUUUACAACAUGUGGGACAACUUUAUGGGUGUCUGUGCCUGAGGCUUAUGCUAAACUUAGUUUUACGCUGUCAGAUUGUUAAUGAAAAUGAGAAAAACUGAGAAAACAGCUGAGGUGGACAAAUAUGCAUUUACAACAGUUAGGUAUGGGAUACCCCCCCCCCCCUCAAAAAAACUGCAUACUAUGAACAGUUGAACUGCACAGCAGUUAUAACCAGUCUAGUUUGUGCUUAGCAACUGAGUAUUAAGCCACAUGAGAAAAACAUACUAAAUAAUACAUCUGUGAUUCAUGUGAGACUUGAUUUAAAGGGAAAAAAGUUAUGAAAAAACUGAAACAAGGCUUCAGAAAAUCAGAAGUUUCCUUCCUAAGGGCUGAGCUUUACCAGGGCUUUCAAAAGGAUUUCUUAGACCCUUUCAGCAUUCCAGUCACACACACGUACCUAUCCACAAAAAGAACUUAAACAUGCAGGAAAAUCAUUUUAUUACAUUGCAAAAAAUAAAACUUGCCUGUUAAACUGGGGCAAUGAAAUAAGGGUGUACUUCAUUUCCACAUCUGUUUUCCUCUUCUGCCCCUUUAAAGUGAGGCAGAGACAGAUGUUGCUUGGGUUCAGUCAAGCUGGUGUACUGUCCAAGGAGUAGGCUAGUGUUUAAAAAUGGUCAAGUGGAGUUCACAGCAUUCCAGAACGUGGAGGGAAAGGCAAGGCUCAGAUGGAACCCAGCACUGGAAUGCCAAAAAAUGUAGAUUGGGAAGGUCUUCGGGGUUUGGAGUGGUUGAUGCGGAGUUAAAAGACAACGCGAUAACCUGACGAUGUGCAUAAUGUUGAAUGUCCUUAAUGCAAUUAAAAAGGCACUUUGGAAACCAAGAAGUGUGGUUUGGCUCAAGACAUCUGCAAAGUGCAACUAAAAAUGGCCAAAUAUUUUUUUCCUUUUCAAUGAUUCUUCAUGAAAGAGUCUGAGCUUAAGAUGACGCGUUCUACAACACGUUCCUUGUCCAUCUAAGCGCUAGUACGCUCAGCCCAGAUUACUGUUACAAACUAAUGUGUAGAAAGGAGGAAAUGAAGUUACUUAAAAGGGUGGGACAGAAAAAAAAAAAAAAAAAAA